UCUCAAUGGUUGAAAACAAACGGAUACCUGGACACUACGCAGCCCUUGCCAGUUUCCCUUGAGUUGCAGUCAAAUAAUAGGUAUGUCCAGUUCAAUUUCUACGAGUUUGACACCCAGGACGCAGCGACAAUUCCUGACCUAUCUUUGUGCUUUAAUGAAAACAACACCUGGAAUCUUCAACUGAAUAUCUCAGCCUCGUAUGAUCAGAUAAAUAAUGUGUCAAGCAACAGUUUUCGUCGCGCUUUCUUUGCUGCGAUAGUGGCACAAACUAGUCUGGAAUCUAUUGUAAGGAUCUCACGACUGAACGUUCAACCUUUGACAGUCAGCCAGACACUGGUUCAGUUCAAGCUGUUUGACACCAGCAGUCUACCGCUCACUGGCGACGUGGCAAAUGCCAAUCCCGGCGUACCCAAUUUGCAGAUUUUUUGUGACCUCAACAACAUCAUUAACUCCGGAGCUUUCUCUAUUGACGUUCCUGUUACCACCGAUAGCAAUACGGUGGGGGUUAUAUCGUACAAAGCAAAACCUAACUCACUGGCGAUCUUCGGUCGUGACGUCACUGCCUGUGCCGCAUCACAGACUGGUUAUUCUGCGGGCGCUAUGGCUGGAAUCGCCUUCGGGAUGCUCUUUCUGGGAAUUAUUUUGAGUGUUGGCGCUAUCUUUGCCUUUUACAAAUUCAGAAAUCCCGGCAGUGCGCCAAAUGUGGACAAGAAAAGAAUAGACGAAGAAUCUACAGCAUAA